GCCGAUGCAGCUGCAGACAAACACAGGAAAGUUAACAUGUCUGCCGAGGACACUGGAGCCGACCUGCAGUGCUGCGUGACCGUGGAACAUCUCAACCCCUGCGGACAAGCAACUCGCAGACAAGUCAUCCGCAAAGCCGCUGUGGUUCUGGGCAGGAAUGAGUUCCAGGAGAUCAUCCUGCGGCUUUACGAUGGAAAAGUCCCGCAGAGUUAUGACCUGAAAGAGUUCAAGCUCUUCACAAAGUUUGUCAGGGAUGGCAAAUGCACUAUCAAGCUGGGAAACAUUCAGAUCCUCAUCUCCAACUGUCCACCAGAUCGACUCAGCCUCUUUCUUAAGACUCUCUCUGUAAAACAUAAAGUGUUGCAAAGCAGCAAGUCUCUUACCAUGAGGGAGAAGCUCAAGGCUGGUCUGCCUCGCAGCUUUGAGACCAUCAGCCCACUGCAGCUGAAAGACAUUCAGAAGAUUAAUGAGCUUCGAUGUACAGAGCCUCCUAAAGGACUUUCAGAUCGUACGAAUAGGACCUCAGUAGCGGGGUCAGGACAGCAGGUCAAAAGGUCAAGGAGUGAGACCAACUUCAGUCCGGUGAAGGGCAACCCCAGCAAGAAGCCUACUUUCUCUCUGCCGUCACGGAAACUCAACAAGGAGCAGGCGGCCGUGCUGAAAGCUGUGCUGAGUGGCAAGAACGUCUUCUUCACAGGAAGUGCCGGUACUGGCAAGUCCUUUCUACUGAAGAGGAUUUUGGGGUCCCUCCCUCCUAAAAGCACCUUUGCCACAGCCAGCACGGGAGUCGCCGCCUGCCACAUUGGAGGAACAACGUUACACAACUUCGCUGGCAUUGGCUCUGGUUCGGCCCCGCUGGAGCAGUGCAUCGAGCUGGCCCAGAGGCCCGGCGUCCUGCAGCACUGGACCAGCUGUCGGCACCUCAUUAUCGAUGAGAUCUCCAUGGUGGAGGCGGAGUUCUUCGACAAGCUGGAGGCGGUGGCUCGGUCGGUGAGAAGGUCCACGGAGCCGUUCGGAGGCAUCCAGUUGAUCAUCUGUGGAGACUUCCUCCAGCUACCUCCUGUGUCCAAAGGAAAGGAAAAAGCCAAAUUUUGCUUCCAGGGCAGAAGUUGGCGCAAAGUCAUCCAGCUCAACAUGGAGCUGACGGAGGUGCGGCGACAGACUGACCAGUUCUUCAUUUCUCUACUGCAGGCCAUCAGAGUGGGCAGGGUGACUGAGGAAGCCACUGCAAAACUUUUGGACAGCGCCUAUCACGACAUCGACCAGGAUGGAAUUGUGGCCACCAGGCUUUGCACGCACAAGGAUGACGUGGAGCUCACUAAUGAGAACAGGCUCCAGCAGCUGCCAGGGGCCGUGCGUGUUUUCGAGGCCCAUGACAGCGACCCAGCGUUGGUGAGGACAAUCGAUGCCCACAGUCCUGUCAACAGAGUCAUCCAGCUGAAAGUGGGAGCUCAGGUCAUGCUGACAAAGAACCUGGAUGUCGCUGGAGGUUUGGUGAACGGAGCACGAGGGGUGGUCCUUUCUUUUGAGCCCGGAGCUCACGGUCUGCCACGUGUGCGCUUCCGGUGCGGCGUGACCGAGGUGGUGAAGCCUGAGCGCUGGGUGUUCAAGUCAGGGGGCGGGAUCCACCUGAGCCGUCAGCAGCUGCCACUCAAACUGGCCUGGGCCAUCUCCAUCCAUAAAAGCCAGGGAAUGUCCUUGGACUGUGUGGAAAUCUCACUCGCCCGUGUCUUUGAGAGUGGCCAAGCCUACGUCGCCUUGUCCCGUGCUCGGAGUUUGGAAGGUCUACGGGUGAUGGAUUUCGACCCUCAUGUGGUCCGGGCUGACCCCGAUGUUUUGCUCUUCUAUAAGAAACUCAGAAAGGAGAGGCUGAUGAUGCAGGCAUCAAUGGACGACUUUAUUGGAAACGACAAGGAAAACUCCUGGUGAAGAAGAUUGCUGAACGACUUCCUUAUAAUGUUGCACAGAAAUCAUGGGUUUACAGAGACUUUUUUUUUAUUUUUAAUCCCCC